AUGGCCUGGCAGAAUCCCAAUGGUCUUGUGCAGGCUAUGCACUCCAUCCGUCAAGCAGCUCCUCUCCGGCCUGUUCUCCAGCGCUCCGUGAUCUCCAGAUCGCCCAUAUGGUCGACCUCGACGACGACCAGCCUCCCCAAGAGCCUCAAUGGCAAGCGAACAUACGCGACUGAAGAAAUUCCCACUUCAUUCACGGCCGCUCCUCCUCUUGACUUCAAUGAUCCCAAAUUCAGACCUGCUCGUCUUGUGCCCGCGUCUCCGUCCUACUUCUCCGGUAACCCUAAGUUCAUCGACCAUUUGUUGAAUCUGGAAGACAUUCUCGCCGCAAAUGCCAAUCUGCCAACCGUGGAGAACAGCCAGGCGCCUCGGAUGGCGUGGCUUAAACUACCGCAGUUUCGUGAUUUUGUCGGGGAGCAAGUGCCGACCAAGAAGUACAAGGGCCUUCUCAAAAUUCUGCAGCGUCUUAACCGAAUCGAUCCCAAGCUCAUGCCGGAAGACGUUGGGCGGACGAUAAAGCAGUUUGUUCGUCCGGGUAACCCGUACGCUAACAAACCUGCGCCGGCAACGGUGGAUGAAAUGGGUCGUGCUCGCGGCCGGGGCAAGCGCAAGUCUUCCUCGGCAGUGGCUUUCCUGGUUGAGGGUGAUGGCGAGGUGAGGGUGAAUGGAAAGACAUUGGUCGAGGCCUUCCCUCGAGUACAUGAUCGCGAGAGUGCUACCUGGGCCCUCCGAAGUACGUCGCGGCUGGACAAGUAUAAUGUGUGGGCUCAAGUCCAGGGCGGAGGAACUACUGGGCAGGCAGAAGCCAUCACGCUGGCUGUUGCACGAGCGCUACUGGUUCACGAGCCCGCUCUGAAGCCUGCGCUCCGCAAGGCCGGUGUCAUCACGGUCGACGCCCGUCGCGUGGAGAGAAAGAAGCCCGGUCACGUCAAGGCGCGCAAGAUGCCUACUUGGGUCAAGAGAUGA